AAAGUGUCCCAGCCUCAAACCUCAACCUCGAUCCAUAAUGGAUAUCGUAGGACAACAGUCCUGGAUUACAAAAAUUGAAGAGCUAGUGAAGACCUUCAAUCCUGAGAAAGAAGAAGAGAGAUGGAAGAAGAUGUCAAUAUACCAAAUACCGGAAUUCAGCAAGGAGUUGAAAGAGAAAGCAUUCACACCUCAGGUGGCAUCUUUUGGUCCCUACCAUUAUGGCAAGCACAACUUAAAGCUGAUAGAGGACUACAAACAGAAGGUACUCCUACACUUCCUAAAGAGGGCUGGUAAACCAUUGAGAGACUUUGUGAAAGCCAUGGAGGAUACAGUGGAGGACCUGCAGCCAUGUUAUCAAGGCCUGCAGGAUACCCAGUGGAAGGAUAAGUAUAAGUUCGUGAGGCUUAUGAUCAGCGAUGGUUGUUUCAUGCUUGAGAUCUUGCGUCUCAACCCUGAUAAACCUGGAGAUAGUGGCUAUACUGAUCAUGAUCCUAUAUUUAGUGUCCAUGGAGCUCAUCAUAAACUGCCUUAUAUAAAGAGAGACAUGCUUAUGCUUGAGAACCAAAUACCUCUUUUGGUUCUCAAGGUGUUAUUACAAGUUGAGGCCGGUCAGACCACUAAACCACUACUGUCAGACAAGGAGAUCAACCGACUAGUAUUCAAGUUCUGCGGACAGGGAGGCAGAUGCCAUGUAGAAACCCUAGGCCUGCAUGUGCUUGAUGUGUGCCGGCAAAGCAUGAUCCAACGACCGCAUGGCUCCCGUAUAGCUCCACCAUAUUAUGAAGGUGAGCCAAUGUUCACUGCAGCACAGCUUCGUGAAUCCGGUGUGCGAUUCAAGAAGAGUGGCACCAACUACAUCACAGACAUAAGCUUUGACAAAGGCAUCCUCACACUUCCAUCCAUUGUGGUCGAUGACAUCACCGAGUGCAUGCUUCUUAACCUCAUGGCCUUUGAGCACUUGCACGUCGGAGUGGGCAAUGAGAUCACCUCCUACGUUUGCUUCAUGAACGAGCUCGUUGACACAGCCAUGGACGUGCAUUUACUGCACGCGAACCACAUAAUUCACAGCGCACUCGGGAGUAACAAGGCAGUUGCAGAGCUCUUCAACAGCAUCACCAAGGAUAUCAUACUUGAUCCAAAUAGUGACCUUGGAAUUGUAAGGGAAGAAGUUAACAGGUAUUGCAAGAAGAGGCAUGUGAAGUGGCCUGCUCUGGCCCUUGCUUUUGCCACGGUGCUUCUGGUGCCCGCCAUUCUCCACAUUGUUUACAAGUUAUAAUCAAAUGGGUGUGACGCUUGUCGGCUUGUGUUUCUGUAUAGAAUAACUUGGCAUGUAUUUAUGUAUACAUGUGGAACAUACUUAAUCGUGUAUAUUCUUCAAUUAAUUAACUUAUGGAAUCAUAAAUUUGCUUUGUGGAGC